AUGGGGUCCAUCCCCGAUCCUGGCGAGUUGAGCGAGUUGACUCAGCCCAGCUUCGACGAAUUCCAGCGCCAAACCUCUCUCAUGACCAGCUGCACCCUCCUCUGGAAGGAGCUCUCCGACCACUUCUCCUCCCUCGAGGAGGACCUCAAGCACAAAUCCGAAGCUCUAAAACGCAAGAUUCGUACGCUCGACACCGCCACCUCUGACUCCCUCCGUCUCCUCGACCGCCGCGAAACCUCCCUCGACGCCACGCUCCAGAUCGCCUUCCGCACGCUCGACACGCGCCGCACCGCCGCCCUCUCUUCCUUCCUCGAUGAGCACGCCGACGACGACGGUGGCGAGGUCGACGACGCCACCGGCCUCGUCCUCAAACUCAAGUCCUUCUGCCUCCGCAUGGACGCCUUCGGCUUCUGGACCUUCCUCAGCGCCAAGAAGAAGGAGCUCGACGGUUUACGCGCCGAGGUCCCCGUCGCCCUCGCCGAAUGCGUCGAUCCGGCCAAAUUCGUCCUCGAGGCCAUCUCCGAAGUCUUUCCGGUAGACAAGAGAGGAGAAAAGCCCGGUCACGACCUAGGCUGGGCCUGCGUACUUGUCCUCGAGUCUCUGAUUCCGGUCGUUGUCGACCCGGUCAUUGGAAAAUCGAGACUGUUGGUCACCCCCACCGUGAAGGAGCAGGCCACGGAGAUAGCGGAGACUUGGAAGGCCAGCCUGGAGGAGCGUGGCGGCGUGGAAAACGUGAAGACCCCUGACGUCCACACCUUCUUGCAGCACGUGGUUACUUUCGGGAUUGUCAAGAACGAGGAUUUGGAUUUGUACCGGAAGCUUGUUAUUGCUUCCGCUUGGAGGAAACAGAUGCCGAAGCUCGCGCUUUCGCUUGGUCUUUCUCAGCAAAUGCCUGAUAUGAUUGAGGAGUUGAUCAGCAAAGGGCAGCAGCUUGAUGCGGUUCAUUUUACAUAUGAAGUGGGUCUUGUGGACAAGUUCCCUCCUGUUCCCUUGUUGAAGUCUUUUCUCAAGGAUGCUAAGAAAGUUGCGGCUUCUAUUUUGGAAGAUCCUAAUAAUGCAGGCCGAGCUGCGUACCUAGCUGCAAGGAAAGAGCAGUCUGCACUCAGGGCUGUAAUUAAAUGCAUUGAAGAAUACAAACUUGAGGCUGAGUUCCCUCCAGAAAAUCUGAAGAAGAGACUUGAACAGUUGGAGAAGGUGAAAACAGUGAAGACAGAGAAAAGGAAACCAGCUGCUGUUCCUGCCAAUAAGAGAACUCGAGCAAGCAACAGCAAUGGAGGUCUAAUGCCACCAGCCAAAGCUGGGCGUUUGACUAAUGCGUAUGUAUCAUCUUUCCCUGCUGCUCCUACAUUUGUUAGGUCUCCAUCACACGGGCAAUACCCAGCUGCUCUUCCACCAUACCCUUCCCCACCCCACAUGUAUGGCAGCAGAAGUCCCCCAGCAAAUCCAUAUGCUGCUUAUUCGCCCGAGCCUACACCAGCUAUUGCAGGGUCUUACCCAGCGGCUCCCAUGAACUAUCCUGCAUAUGGUGGCUAUGGAAAUGUCUUGGCACCCACUUAUCAGCAGGCUUACUACCGAUAG